GCCCGCGACCUGCCGACCUGCGGGGAUCGUUAGCGGUCCCAGCCCCCGUCUAGAUUCAAAUCCGACUGGGUGAAGGAGGACCCGAGGAGGACCCACGCACGGCCCAUCUGAUUAAACAGACCAGGCCACUCACUGUGGAGUGGACCAAGGAUACUCCUGUCCCUGAGCCCAUGGAGCUAAGGUCUGAUGCCAGCCACAAGGAGAAUGUGUCCCCAAAGCCUGAAGCGCUCCCGAAGCCAGAGCAACGAAGAUUCUGGAGGAGCCUGGGCAUCAGCCUGAGCGGUAGACAUGACCAGUGGGUGCCCGGGUGCCAGGUGGAGAGGGGAGGGCCUGCUGCCACACCCUCCCCAGGGGCAGUGCUAGACCAGGAGCCCUGCCGAGUCCAGACCAACCUGGCCAGCCCUGGUCCCCGCCUGGGCCUAGCUCUGAAGGACACGACUGGCCAACUGGUCAAUUCAAGCUUCUGGCAACAGAGCAACCUGCAGUCCCUGGCCAGGAGGCGCCAAGGGAAGGCCCGAGAGUUUGCCAUCCAGCAGAGCAACCUGAGCAUCAACGAGACCAGCAGCCCCCACCUCUUCCCAGAGCCUGGGGGGAGCUUUGGGCCCCGCAAGCUGCCCUGGGGUCCUCUCCUAUCCCAAGAGCCACUGGCUCGCCCAUCUCCCUGCCUGAGGCAGUCCAGGCUGCCGGCCCCAGGCACCCCUAGCGGGGACUUCAGGCCCACUGAAGCCUUUGCCCCUCUCGAUGGGCACACACAGCCAGGCCUCAGAUCCUGGGGUGGUCUGGGGAGCUGGAGGUCCAGGCUGGUGGGGGAACCUCUCACCCUGGAGGACCUGGCUGUCCCCAGUCAGAACCAGACUCAGGCCCCAUCCCAUGCUGCCGUCCACCAGCUGCUGGCUUCUGUACAUUGCCUGGCGCAGGAGGCAGCCCGACUCAGGUCCCAGGCACCCCAGGAACCCCCCGGUGCUGUGCAGCAGGACCUCUGGACCGGCGACGGCCAGCCAUUCUCCGCCCACCCCCAGCCCAGCCAGCCUGUCCUUGCUUCCUCGGAUGGGAGGAGGAGACGCCUUCGAGGCCACAGGGAAACUGCGGCUUUCUUGGAGACCCCGGCUAGUCUCUCAGACUCUUGGGCACACAGCAAGCUAAUGUCACCUGAGACCACUCUGGGGACACGGACCGAGGAUUCCCUUAAUCCUGAGCAGGGGCUCCCUCCUGCCCACCUCCUAGGGUCAGGGGACAGCUGCUCCCCCUGGUCUCAAGAUGGCAGGGCACAGAGGGGUGACCCCAGUCUCCCUCGAGGGGUGGGAAGCAGGGAGACCGACCCCUGUUCCUCAGCCUUCUCCAACACAGCCUGGGGAGUCUCACCCAAGCAGAAAGGAGAGGAGGGGGCCCUGAGGGAGUGGGUCCACAGGGAGGAGGAGAGGACAACUUUCCAUCUGUCAGACACAGUCCCAGCGAGCAGUGCGUCGAAGAACAAGGCACAAAACAUCAUAGCCCCGGAGUCUGAGGCAAUCUGCUGGCAGCUGUUGUCCAGAUGUUUUCGAUCCUGGAGGCAUUUGGUGAAGAGGCAGCGGGAGCCAGCGGCGGCGGCAGUGGCACUGGGCCGCUGGCAGCUGUUGCGAAAGGGCCUUCAGGCCCUGUGGCUCCGGGAGGCUCAGCUGGAGGCAGCAUGGGGGCAGUACACAAAGGUUCUGCUGAUCCGGAGCUUCCGAGAGUGGAGAAACCUGGCUUUACAGCAGAAACAAGUACAGCCCCACAUGCAGGCUGGGCCAGGGUCCCCGCCCUCCAGGAGAGCCCAGGGCAAAGGCCUCUCCUUGGGAAGAAGCACAGUGGUGGACCCCGCCCAGAGAAGCAGGCUGGAACACACCAGUCCAGGAAGUCUGAGGGAGGAGGAGAGAGCUCAGUGGCUUCUGUCACAUCCUAGGCAGAGAACAGACAGCAGACACGAGAGAGUCCAGAUCCUGCAGGCCCUGCAACUGGCUGUGUUCUUCCUGUGGUGCCAACAGAAGAAACGGGCCAGACAGGAGAGGGAGACUCUGCAGAAGGCCACCAGGGCCACACAGAGGACAGGGAGCUUCCCCCAGGCCUGGCACUCUACUGCUGCAGGUGUAGCCUGGGUGGCCCCACUGAGCCCCCAGCACCAGAGAGCUUGGCUGUGCAGGUGCUUCGGGGCGUGGCAGCAGUUCGUGCAAAGAGGGUCCCGGUACCGAGACCACCUGGCUGACCGCCGGACGGGGACCCUGAGGAAAUGCCUGGAACAGUGGGUGCAGAUGAAGCAGCUCCGGGAAUCAGAUGGGGCAAAGGUGACCCAGCUGUCCCUCUGCCGGCAGAAAGCAGGACGUGAGGCUGUCUACACCGCAGGCCCUGGAGCCUGUGGCCUGGGUGCAGUGGGCCAGGCCCAGGGGCAGCAGGAGCAAGGCUGGGGCUCCCUGCAGGAUGCGUGCCGGACACUGGCCCUCUGCUGGGCGCUGCUGCUGUGGAAGAUGCGGCUUUUCCAGCGCCAGUGGGCCAACUCCUUCUUCCAGGGCCUGCAGCAGCAGAUGCUGCAGCGCAGCCUGAGAUGGUGGCACUUGAGGGCAUUGGGCCCAGACGCCACAGCAAGCUGCACCAAGACCCCCUCGGCUCUGGAGCCACUGGGCAGCAGCAUACUCCAAGACUCUCUGGAGAAGGUUCCCAGGGCCCCCACCCUCCCGGAUACUCUCCAGGGGAGCCUUCUGUGGGCAGCUGGGCAGCGGCAGCAGGGGCAGUGCCUUCUGCUCUGGCAGGCACGGGCCCAGCAGUUCCAGGGCACAGCCAGGUGGUACCAGCAUACCCGCCAGAGGCGCAUCUUCCUCAGCUGGAGCCGCUGGGCAACAGCCCAAGGGGCCUGGAGAGAGCUGGCUUCCCACCGGGCCUGGGCUCGGACCUGCAGGGCUGUGCUGGGCCUGUGGCAUCAGCGGCUGCUGCAGUCACGGCUGGUGAAGCGGUGGGCCCAGGAGCAGGGCUGGCGGCUGGCACAAGAUGCCCUAUGCCACUGGCACUCCUGUUGGCAGGGGCAGCAGUUCCUGCAUGAAAAGUGCCAGACAUGGGUGCAGGUCCACCUCCAGGGCCUGCAGAAGGUGGUGUUCCGGAGCUGGCAGCAGGCAGCAGCUCAUCAGAGAUGCACAGUGACCCGGCCAGAGCAGCUGCUACUGCAGAGGGUCCUAGAGGCCUCGGCGCAGUCGGCGGUGCGCGGCGGUGUCCAGCGAGCCAUCGUCACCCAGCUCCGGCCGGCUGAGCUCAGGCGCUUCCUGCGGACAGCGCAGCUCAGGGUGCGGCUGGGACUGCCAGGGGCCGGCAAGACCUGCAGCUGCUGGACACAGGCCACAGAGCUGGUGCCUCCCGCGCCAUCACUGCAGUGCAGCCUGGGUGGACAGAGGAAGCCAAGGGGAACGGCCUGGGCUCAGAGGUGCAGGGAACAUUCCCUCUGCCCUGCCUUCCAGCUCUGGCCGCAGUGGUCUGGACAGAGUAGCUGGGUCCCAGGCCUGCCCCUGUGGACGAGGGACCAGGGACCAAGAGCGCACUCCAGCCCUGAGCCCAGAGCCCGCAAAGCCCAAAGCAAGGCCCAUAAACGGAGGCUAGGUGCUCGUUCCUGCAGGAUCCUGGAAAAGCAGGCCCAGGCCCAUGGCUCUGCCCUCCUUCUGGCCCUGAAGGAUCACGAUGCUCUUGGCCAUCAGGAGGAAGUACCUGCGGCACCGGUGCCUCGAGUCACUGCUUCACGGGCUGCGGGGUUCCCAGCAGGCCAGGUGCCUGGCGGCGGCAUGGCAACACUGGGUGGAUGCCCAAGGGGCAGAGCAGCUGGCGCGGACCCUGCUCAGGGAGUGGCACCUGAGAUGGGCCUGGUGGACGUGGUGGCAGCGGAUCCUGCGACUGCGAGUGGCUCAGCAGUUACAGCAGCAGGAAGAUGGGCCUUUAAGAAGUGGCACCAACGCCUGGCAGCCAGGAGCCCAAGGAGAGGAGCUGCCAGUAGCCCGAGACCCUGGAGCAAGCCAGGCCCCAAGGGCCCCGAGAGUGGACAGGAAGCUGCCGGAGCCCCGCGGGGUUGGGGGCUUGGGGCAGAGCAUGGGGCCCAGCUGCAGCUGUGACUUGUUCCCAUAGAAUAAAAAGCAGAACUGAA